CCGGCUCAUCAUCAUGCUAACCAGCUAGCCCCAUAUCAGGCCACGAGACAAUGCCAGGAUCGAGGGCUAUUGCAGUACUAUUAGGGAAGUACCGAAGUCGCUGUUUGUAACGGUUACACAAACUGUAGAUCGAUGGUCGACUUCCCAAGAUGAAUUUAAUGUGAAAAUAUGACACCCUAUUCAGGGGUAUAAGUAUGAUGGGCGUGCCGUUCGAACUCGAACCGUGUCAAAAGACAGAUCAACAUCCACAUUGGGAUUGGAAAUUUUACAAAUAUUCGUUGUUGACCAUGGCGCCUGAUUUAUCCGCAGUAUCUCAGGAACAUAAGACUGGCAACAAUUCAGCAACCAGUGCACAGACUGAAGAUAUCUCAAGCUCAUCGCCAACUGCAAUAUCCCACGCAGAGCCCAAUGAAUCGCAUGACUAUGCCUCGUCGACGUCAAAAAGUUCAACUUCGGCGGAGAACAGACUACGGCCAGCGGCAGACGUCAUUAACCGGCUCAUUUGGGACACCAAAUUUGACAGUAACGACUACACCAUUGGAUACGAGGACCGAUUCAAUGGACGUUUGGAGGCGAACCUGAGCUCAUGGAAGAAGGAUCUGACCGACGAAGAGUUCAUUCCGCAGCAUCGCAUACUCUAUAUUAAACGCAAGUCUGACGGGGAAAUCGUCUGGGACAAAAGAAGGAGGACAGAUAAGAUCUUCCUGAGUGGAAAUUCUGCUUUCGAUUUUCUGGGGUUUCUGGCUUAGGGUUGGAAACGCCCAAGCAAGCAUGAUUUCCAGUUCCUUCCAGUGUAUCAAUACUCUGCAUGGCGAUAGGUACCUUACCAUCUUGUGAAUUGUACUAUGUCUGGUGGACCUGGUAGUCUUUGGUUCUUUUCCUCCAUUCGUCGUCCUUGAGUGUUUGCUUCC